AAAAAACACCAGAGAAUUCACACUGGAGAAAAACCUUACAAGUGUUCACACUGUGACAAGAAAUUCAGUGAUUCAUCACAUCUGAAAAGACAUGAGAGGAUCCACACUGGAGAAAAACCUUACAAGUGUUCACACUGUGACAAGAGAUUCAAUCUGUCACAUCCCCUGAAAACACAUGAGAGGAACCACAGCACAUCCACUGAGGAGGAAAGUGAAGAACUGAGUGAAGUGGAGGAGAAACAUCAUGUCAAACCUGGAGAAAAACCUUUGAGUCACUCAAAGACUAAAAAGACGUUUUUAAAGAAAAGAAGAGCAAAGAAAUCUACAACCUGCACUCAGUGUGGAAAGUGUUUCACAACUAAAUAUGAUCUUAAGAUUCACAAGAGGAUCCACACUGGAGAGAAGCCGUAUGUAUGCAGACAAUGUGGAAACAAUUUCACAACCAAACAAAGCCUUGAUGUUCACAUGAGAGUUCAUACUGGAGAGAAGCCGUUCAAGUGUGAUCAGUGUGGGAAAGAUUUCACAAAGAAUUAUAAUCUUGAGAUUCACAUGAGGAUCCACACUGGAGAGAAACCAUUCACAUGUGAUCAGUGUGGGAAAACAUUUAAUAGGGCAUCAAGCCUGAAGAAACACCUGACAGUUCAUAUGAAGGAGAAACCGUAUUCAUGUUCUGUGUGUGGAAAGAGUUUUACUACAGGGAGCGAAUUAAAAAAACACCAGAGAAUCCACACUGGAGAAAAACCUUACAAGUGUUCACACUGUGACAAGAGAUUCAGUCGUUCAUCAUCUCUGAAAACACAUGAGAGGAGCCACACUGGAGAAAAACCUUACAAGUGUUCACACUGUGACAAGAGAUUCAGUUGUUCAUCAUCUCUGAAAACGCAUGAGAUGAUCCACACUGGAGAAAAACAUUACAAGUGUUCACACUGUGACAAGAGAUUCAAUGUGUCAGCAAAUCUGAAAACACAUGAGAAGAUCCACACUGGAGAGAAACCUUACAAGUGUUCACAGUGUGACAAGAGAUUCAACCGGUCAUCACAUCUGAAAACACAUGAGAGGAUCCACAGCAGAGAGAAGCUUCACAUCAUCAGUGAUGCUCCUCCUACACUGGACUUCACAGUCAAUGAAGCUCCUCCCACUACAAUCAUGUCAUCAACGAAGCUCCUCCCACUGCAAUCAUGUCAUCACCGAAGCUCCUCCCACUAUAUGAUUAAAGAGGAGGAGGAGAGUGAAGAACUGAGUGAAGUGGAGGAGAAACAUCAUGACAAACCUGGAGAAAAAACUUUGAGUCGCUCAAAGACUAAAAAGACAUUUUUAAAGAAAAGAAGAGCCAAGAAAUCUACAACCUGCACUCAGUGUGGAAAGAGUUUCACAGCUAAAUAUCUUGAGCGUCACAUGAAGACUCACACUGGAGAGAAGCCAUUCACAUGUGAUCAGUGUGGAAAGAGUUUCACAAUUAAAUAUGAUCUUAAGAUUCACAUGAGGAUCCACACUGGAGAGAGACCGUUCACAUGCACUCAGUGUGGGAAGAGUUUCACAAUUAAAUAUGAUCUUAAGGUUCACAUGAGGAUCCACACUGGAGAUAGACCGUUCACAUGUGAUCAGUGUGGAAAGAGUUUCACAACCAAACAACGUCUUGAGCGUCACAUGAGGAUCCACACUGGAGAGAAGCCGUAUGCAUGCAGACAAUGUGGAAACAAUUUCAUAGCCAAACAAAGUCUUAAGAUUCACAUGAGGAUCCACACGGGAGAGAAGCCGUUCACAUGUAAUCAGUGUGGAAAGAGCUUCACAACAAAAAGAAAUCUUGAUGUUCACAUGAGUGUUCAUACUGGUGAGAAGCCAUUCACAUGUGAUCAGUGUGGAAAAAAAUUUAAUAGGGCAUCAAGCCUGAAGAUACACCUGACAGUUCAUAUGAAGGAGAAGCCAUAUUCAUGUUCUGUGUGUGGAAAGAGUUUUUUACAGCUGGCAAAUUUAAAAGCACAUCAGAAAAUACACACUGGUGUGAGAGAGUUUGUGUGCUUUGAGUGUGAGAAGACUUUUACUACAGGGAGCGAAUUAAAAAAACACCAGAGAAUUCACACUGGAGAAAAACCUUACAAGUGUUCACACUGUGACAAGAGAUUCAGUCGUUCAUCAUCUCUGAAAACACAUGAGAUGAUCCACACUGGAGAAAAACCUUACAAGUGUUCACACUGUGACAAGAGAUUCAAUCGGUCAACAAAUCUGAAAACACAUGAGAGGAUCCACACUGGAGAAAAACCUUACAAGUGUUCACACUGUGACAAGAGAUUCAACCGGUCAGAACAUCUGAAAACACACGAGAGGAUCCACAGCAGAGAGAAGCUGCACACUUAAGUUAGGGAUGGACAAUUAUGACCUAAAAUCAAAACCUCAAUUAAUUUAACAUUUUACCUUGAUUAUGAUUAAUGAACGAUUAUUGUGUUUCUGAGUUUUGUUUUGU